AGUAACUCCCCCAUCAAUUCAGCGAUAUCAUUCUAAAUUGUAUCUUCUUCCGAAGCAGACACCAAAAACCAAUAACUAUUUGCAAAAUGAAGUUUAUGUUGGUCAUUCUCAGCAUCAUUGUUGUAAUUUUGGCUUCAGCCAACGCUUUUGACAAAGCAGAUUGCUCUCUGCCCAAGGAUGUGGGUCCCUGUCGCAAAGCGGAUUUGUCCUACUAUUUCGAUACGGAAUCGAAAUCUUGUCAAACAUUCUUCUAUGGCGGCUGUCAUGGCAAUAACAAUCGCUUCAAUUCCAAAGAAGAGUGUGAAAAGUCAUGCCUCUAAGCUAAAGGCGGUAAAAGGCACAAAGGGGGAACUGUAGCCUAAAUGUAACCAGUUGCCAUUAAUUUUUGAAUUAAGCAUUACAUAAAUAUUUUUUUCUUAAUGUUAUUACGUAGUUGAUAAGUGUUUUUUCGGUUUUCAUUUAUUUUUUUAUUUUUUGUUAUUCUACAUUUUAUUAAAAAAACGAAAAAAAGAUACCAAAACUAAACUGGUUUUCAGUUUCGCAUUUAUAGUGGGAAUGGGGAGAUAGGUUUGAUAAAUACCACAGCCACGCGUAUUUUAGAAUGGCAAAGAACGUUCAGAAGACAAUGUGCGGAAAUAAAAAUAGUCGAUAUACCUAAUUAAAUUUUAAUGGAGCAGAAAACAUUAAGACGAGCCAGGCAUCCGAAAA